GUGUGCUAUACACUUUGACAAUCUAAUCGCCCUGUAAACCCAACAACAGCUGGACGAUGAACAAAGAGCGGGAAAGAAWUGCAUCCAAAGAACAAAACGAUGGMCUCUUAUCAACAAAAAAAGCAGACUUCGAAGACGUAUGGCCCUUAAUCGGUGGAUUGGGCCGUUAUCCUUUGUGGCUGAUAGUGUUCUCGUUGUAUGUUACUAUUAUUGUCCAUUUACAUCAGUUUAUACAGAUUUACUAUGGCACUCCACCCAACUUCCACUGUAUCUCCAACCAGCCCAAUAUCACAAGUUCCUGCAGCAUCAAUAAAUGUGGAUGUUCCAAUUGCACAUAUGYUUUCGAUUCUCCAGGGUUUACAAGCGCUGUAUCCGAGUGGAAUCUUAUUUGUAACCGUGGCCAUUUGAGAGCACUGACCCAGUCCAUGUACAACGCUGGUUUACUUGUUGGAUCUUUGGCGUUUGGAAUUUUUUCAGACAAGUUUGGAAGAAAGAUUACAAUAUUUCUUAGCAUCGCGCUAAUGGUAGUGUUUGGUUUUGGAUCAGCCUUUGCAAACAGUCUUAUUCUGUUCACUGUUAUGCGAUUCGGUUCUGGUUUGUGUACUGCUGGGUCCUUGGUAACAAAGUUCGUGUACCCUAUUGAAAUAUGUCCUCUGUCUUAUCGAACUGCUGUUGGUGUUUUAUGCAAUAUCUUUAUAGUAGUUGGUGCCUUGGUGUUGACAUUAAUCGCUUAUUUGAUUCUUGAUUGGAGAUAUCUUAUGCUUGCUAUUACAAUUCCUGGAAUAACACCACUGGUCUUAUGGAGGUGGUUUCCCGAAUCUCCUCGUUGGCUGAUUGCAAAAGGUAGAUUGAAAGAAGCUCAACAAGUAUUGGAAAGCUUUGCGUCAGCUAGUGGUGUCGAAGUAAAUAAACAGCAGUUAGAAUCACUGAUUAAUAAUAUUGCUAAAGCUUCCGAUAGAACAGAGAAUAAGGAGAAAGCAGGGUUGAUGGACUUGGUCAAGACGCCAAAGAUGAGAAAACGAACGAUAAUCAUGUGUUACAACUGGUUGAUCAAUGCUAUURUCUUCUAUGGUUUGACACUGAAUGCUAAAAAUCUUGGCGGCUCGUUCCAUCUUAAUGUCUUUAUCAUGUUUGUUGUGACUAUGCCUGGAGUAUUGACGUUAUGGAUCAUCAUCAAAAGGUGUGGUCGUCGUGUUAGCUAUUGUGGWUAUAUGUUACUUGGUGGCAUGGCUUGUUUACUGGUCCUCGCCGUACCUCAAGGUUCACCGAAUACAGUCCAUCCCGCUGUAAAAGGUUUAGCAGUGUUUGGUGUUUUCUGCAUUAGCGCUACAUUCUCUUUAGUCUAUAUCUAUCAUUCAGAAUUGAGUCCAACUUUACUAAGGAAUCUCUCACUGGGAGUCGGUUCAAUGAUAUCAAGAGUCGGUGGAAUCAUCGCGCCAUAUUUUGUCUUCCUGAACGACUACAUGCAAAACUUGCCUUUGAUUGUACUAGGCUUUACAGGUUUUACGGCAGGUUUCGCUGCACUGCUAUUGCCUGAAACUCUAUAUAGUCCUAUGCCUCAGACAGUGAGCCAAGUWGAAGAAUGGCCCGAGGACUAUGGACUUCCAUGUAGGAAGCAUGAAACACGCUGCAACGAAGUCAGUAUUCAAGAGAAAAGCGACGGGUCAUCAAAGGACCAGGGUGAUGUGACGAUUGUAGAGACAACCGUUUAGAAAUUACAAUCAAGAUAUUCACGACCGAUGUAGACAUAAAAGAAAAGAUGUCUUGUUAAGAAUUAUAUGCACACACUGUGCUCUAUCAGGACUACCCUUCCUGGAAAAAGUGAUACCAGCACAUAUUAUUAAACACUGCACACAUAAUGUACACUAUCCUCAUUGGCCACAUUGCCUACAUCACUGGUUAACCCACCCUGACUGGAAUAAGUGAUACCAACACACA